UUAUUUAUCAGUGAACGUUGACAACUUAAAAAUAAGGUUAACAUUCAAGAUUUAAAUCAUAUGAACAGAUAAAUAGUACAUUGCUGAUAAAUUUUAGAUAGGUAUUCAGUAUCGAUUUAUAUUGUUGCAAAAUUUUUUUUUGAAGAUGAAAGUGUUUGUAUUUGUCUUAAUAUUAGUGUUUAUUAACAUUUGCCUUUGCUCCGGUGACAAUAAAAUAGUAAGAGCUAGAUUAGAGAGCUGUCCGGGUUGUUCUCUGAACCGAUUACCGGAAGUGAGGAGUUUCUUUUACGAGGACGUCCCGAAAUAUGAAAACGUAGAAUGGAAAAAAAUUUCCGGAGCUCCUCCAGAAGUGAUUUUUCUAAAUGAGGCCGACGAGGAGGUAGAGCGACAUUUACUAGGCCGUCUUAAUCGAGAAGAGUGUAACGAAUUACUUCAAAGUAAAGGAUUCAAACUUUCUAAGGAUAAAGAAUUGUAAAUAUUCCCCAAAGGGUAUUAAGUAGGUCUUACAAUAAUUCGUAAAUUUAUGUUACUUAUUAUGUGAUGAAUAAUAAAACUUACUAAUAUAAAUUGC